UGAGUCCCAUCCCCAUGUGUCGCCCCCUUUCCGAUUUGUUCCAGUGCCGGGGUCCGUGAGAAGCUGACACAUCUAUUGGCUGACGACGUCUGAAAGGCAGCAAACGAAGGGGGGACGCCCACCGGCGCUAGCGCGGUUCAUUCUGGGAAUUGUGGUUUCAGACGUUCCAUUCCUGGGGUGGCGCCGCUCGGACUCCGGGUCCCAGCAUUCCCUGCUCGAGCCCGGGAGCACUUCCGCCCCGUUGUGAAGUGGGUGUCUCGGUGGAGUCUUGGGGAGCAGUCCCUUUUCUAGGAGCCUCUUGAAGGACUUGCCAUAAAUGCAGGAAGACAUUGGAUGAGGGUAACGUAGCUGAAGUGAGACGUCUUGUCUAGACAAUGGCUGUGGCUCUGGAAUCCCGAGCCCAGGGGUCUCCCCGACCAGAGCCUGAAGAACUCCUGAUUGUGAAACUGGAAGAGGACUCAUGGGGAGCAGAAUCCAAACCCCGGGAGAAGGAACAUGAUCCUGUCCCUGGCCCUGAGGCCUCCCGCCAGCGCUUUAGGCAAUUCCAAUACAGGGAUGCAGCUGGGCCCCAUGAGGCCUUCAGCCAGCUCUGGGCUCUCUGCUGUCGUUGGCUGAGGCCAGAGGUCCACCUCAAAGAGCAGAUCCUGGAGCUGCUGGUGCUGGAGCAGUUCCUGACCAUCUUGCCCAGGGAGGUCCAGACCUGGGUGCAGGCACGCUACCCUGAGAGUGGUGAGGAGGCUGUGGCCCUGGUGGAAGAUUGGCACCGAGAGAUCAGGACUACAGGACAGCCGGAACUGGAAUUGUAUACAGAAGAGACCGGGCCCUUAAAGACCGGAGAAGAAUCUCAGAGCUUCCAGCUGGAGCCAGUGGAUCCUUGGCCUGAGGGACAGUCCCAGAAGAAGUGGGUGGCAAAUACAUGCCCUGACUUUCCCAAUCAUCUAAAUGCCAAGAUGGCACCACAGCCUUUGAAAGAGAGUGCUGUCCUCACUCCCCGAGUCCCUACUCUCCCAAAGAUGGGGAGCGUUGGAGAUUGGGAGGUGACAGCUGAGUCCCAGGAAGCCCUGGGCCCUGGCAAACAUGCUGAGAAGGAGCUCUGUAAAGACCCCCCAGGAGAUGACUGUGGGAACAGCGUGUGCCUGGGAGUUCCAGUUUCAAAACCAAGUAUCACCUCUCAGAAAGAGCAAGAACCAGAGUUUUGUGGUCUAAGUCUUAUAAAUUCUGGGAAAAGGAGCACUGCAGAUUAUAGAUUGGAUAAUGAGCCAGCUCAGGCAUUGACCUGGAAGGAGUCAAGAGCAUGGGAGGAACAAUACCAGUGGGAUAUGGAGGACAUGAAGGUGUCAGGUGUUCACUGGGGCUAUGAGGAGACUAAGACUUUCCUGGCAAUUUUGAGUGAGUCUCCUUUCUCUGAAAAGCUCCGGACUUGUCACCAGAACCGCCAAGUAUAUCGGGCCAUUGCAGAGCGGCUAAGGGCAAGGGGCUUCCUGCGGACACUGGAGCAGUGUCGCUAUAGGGUCAAAAACCUCCUGCGGAAUUACCGGAAAGCCAAGAGCAGCCACCCACCAGGUACCUGCCCCUUCUAUGAGGAGCUGGAGGCCCUGGUCAGGGCUCGGACAGCCAUCAGAGCCACUGAUGGCCCAGGAGAGGCCAUAGCACUCCCCAGGCUUGGGGAUAGUGACGCAGAGAUGGAUGAGCAGGAGGAAGGGGGCUGGGAGCCUGAAGAAAUGGCAGAAGAUUAUAACGGUGCUGGCCUGGUCACUGAUGAGUCUACCCAGGGGCCCAGGAUUACAGGGGUCCCAGCUCUGUUCCAGAGUCGUAUUGCAGGUGUGCACUGGGGCUACGAGGAAACCAAGGCCUUCCUGGCAAUUCUUAGUGAGUCCCCAUUCUCAGAAAAACUUCGCACCUGUCACCAGAACAGCCAGGUGUACCGGGCCAUCGCAGAGCGGCUGUGUGCUCUGGGCUUCCUGCGGACUCUGGAGCAGUGUCGCUACAGAUUCAAAAACCUCCUUCGAAGCUACCGGAAAGCCAAGAGCAGCCACCCACCAGGGACAUGCCCUUUCUAUGAGGAACUGGACUCACUGAUGAGGGCUCGGACUGCAGUCAGGGCCAUGGGGACUGUUCAGGAAGCUGCAGGUCUCCCUAGGUGUGGGCAGAGCAGUACUGAGACUGAUGCCCAGGAGGCCUGGGGUGAGGUGGCCUGUGAAGAUGCUGUCAAACCUCCAACCUUGUGUCCUGUAGCCACAGACAUGGGUUUUGAAAUGAGGCAUGAAGACCCAAUUUCUGAGCAGGACAUCUUUGAGAAUUUGCCUGGAGCCUUAUCAAAAUGUCCUACAGAAGCUGUUUGCCAACCUCUUGAUUGGGGAGAAGACAGUGAAAAUGAAAAUGAAGAUGAAGGGCAGUGGGGAAAUCCCUCACAGGAACAGUGGCAAGAAAGUUCUUCUGAAGAGGACUUAGAAAAACUUAUUGACCAUCAAGGCCUGUAUCUUGCAGAGAAAUCCUACAAGUGUGACACAUGCAUGAAGAGCUUCAGUCGGAGCUCCCACUUCAUAGCCCACCAGCGAAUCCACACAGGUGAGAAGCCCUACAAAUGCCUUGAAUGUGGAAAAAACUUUAGUGACCGCUCUAACCUCAAUACCCAUCAGAGAAUCCACACUGGAGAGAAGCCCUACAAAUGCCUUGAAUGUGGGAAAAGCUUUAGUGACCAUUCCAAUCUCAUCACUCAUCAGAGAAUCCACACAGGAGAAAAGCCCUAUAAAUGUGGAGAAUGUUGGAAAAGCUUCAACCAGAGCUCAAACCUUCUGAAACAUCAGAGAAUCCACUUGGGAGGAAAUCCUGACCAAUGUAGUGAGCCCGGGGGAAACUUUGCCCAAAGUCCAUCUUUUAGUGCUCACUGGAGGAAUUCUAGAGAGGAGACAGCUCCUGAACAACCUCAAACUGUCAGUAAGGAAUUGAAUUCUCCUGGACCACACAGCAUAAACUCAGGGGAGAAACUUUAUCAGUGUUCUGAAUGUGGAAGAAGCUUCUCUAAGAGCUCUGCCCUCAUUAGCCACCAAAGAAUCCAUACGGGAGAGAAACCAUAUGAAUGUGCUGAAUGUGGGAAAAGCUUCAGUAAGAGCUCCACCCUGGCCAACCACCAGCGCACCCACACUGGGGAGAAACCAUAUAAAUGUGUGGACUGUGGGAAGUGCUUCAGUGAGCGCUCUAAGCUCAUCACACACCAGAGAGUGCACACGGGAGAGAAGCCCUACAAAUGCACCGAGUGUGGAAAAUUCUUCCGUGACCGUUCUAACCUCAUUACUCACCAGAGGAUUCAUACAGGAGAGAAGCCGUAUAAGUGCAGAGAGUGUGGGAAAUGCUUUAACCAGAGCUCCAGUCUUAUUAUUCACCAGAGAAUCCACACAGGGGAGAAACCCUACAAGUGCACAGUGUGUGGCAAAGACUUCAACAACAGUUCCCACUUUAGUGCUCACCGGAGAACCCAUGCAGGAGGGAAGGCAUCGUAGGGGACACUCUCCCCAACAACAAAAGGGGACUUGAUGUGUAUAUCUUAUAUCACAUGAUGUAUGCUAGAGAGAAAUUUUCCAAUUUUUAAGCUUGGUGUGUACCCAGGGAAGUUAUCUUGGUAUAAACCAGGUAAUUUGGAAGUGAAUUACAAAUACUAAGGAUCCCGAUUUUAAGGCACUUUUCUUAAGUGUAAUUUGUUUUUCUUCUGUAAAGACCCACACAGUAUCCUCAGACUGUCCUUGUAUUUGCUGUUGUGUAAGAGCUAUGUCAGUAUUUGAGCCAAACUGGCAGCUUAGGAGAUUAGAGUUAAAUCAGUGGCCCUGAGCAGUGAUUCCAAACUCUCACUGUGCCUUCACACCACCCAUGUGUAAUCCACCCCAUCAGCAGUGGUCCUCAUACGUUCUCAGUUGGGGCAUAUCCUCAGGGGAGAAUGUUGAGACUCUGGUGAGAGAGGAGUUGGCCUACAGCAGGCCACUGUGAGUUCAGCACAGAGUAGGAAGAACAGUGACAUUAGAAAGUCAAUAGCAGCAAUAGCUGGUGUUUAUUGAGCGGUUGCUCUUGUGCAAGUUCUGUGCUAAGAACUUUGUAUACAUCAUCUCAUUUAAUACUCGCAACAGUCCCAGGAGAUAAGUACUAACUUUCUCUCCAUGUCCUAGAGUCUUGGGAGAUUAAGUAACUCGCACUGGUCACACAUCUGUAAGUGGGAGAGGCAGGAUUCAACAGAUAUGUCUUGAGUCUGUUGUGCUCUUCUUACUAUACUGAAUUCCCAUUCAUGUUAGGUAACUUAGGGGCCAGAAUCUCAGUGCACUUUGUAGACCACAUUUCCCAUUAUGAAAUUUCCACAUUUUGAAUUUAAACAAAUACAGAAACUGAGAAUUCCUAAAGAUUAAAGGAUUUGGGAUAUUCAGAAUUGGUGAAGUGCUUUGAGCAAGGAUGUGAGCUAUUAUCAAAAUACUUGAUGUGAGUUUCCACCUUCUCAAUAAUAUAGAUGAGAGAUGCAGGUGAGUUGAGAUUGGGAAAAA